UCCAGAGUUGAGUCAGGUUCCAGUGGACCCUCCAGAGUCAGGGCUAGUCACCGAUGACCCGCAAGAGUCAGGGCUAGUCACCGGGGACCUUCCAGAGACAAGGCGGGUCACCGUUGAACUUUCAGAAUCAAGUCAAGUCACUGGGUGCCCUGUUGGACUCCGGCAUCGACCAAUGGGUGUGGUGGUCAUCUGCUCCGCCCUGGGGGACUCUGUUUUCCCUAUUUCAAUAAUUUCCUGUCUCUCUCCGCUACAUCUAUAAAUACAUAUUUUUAAGAAAAUGUGAGUAGUGUUUGCUCAGUUUCUCUAUGAUCCUAGAAUAUAGUGGGUGGUUGCCAGGUUGUUUCUAUAAGAUUGCUAAGGUGUCCUAUGCGUUUUUUUAAAGGGUUGCAAUGCAGUCACAAGAAUAUUCUGGGUGGUUGUUAGGGUGUCAAGGGGUUUGCUCAAAAAAGAAACAAAGAAAGAGAAUAGGAUGAACACAGGCCGAGAGACUGAGAGGAUGAUCGCAUCAGCCAGAGGGAGGAUGUUCUAGACAAGAGCGAGCGGGAAGAACGGGACAGGGCAGAGGAGGAGCUGCCAGCUAUCUGAGGCUGCUUUGGACACAACUGGACUAUAUGCUCACUGAACUAGAUUUUAAACUUUUAAAACCCCUGGAGAACAAAUAGGAUGCUCAGAUCUGAGGGACACACAUGUUUCUUCUGCAUGAAGAAGUGAUGAGACGACCAAAAUCGAAGCAAAAGAGGCAUGUGACUGGCUGAGGGCGGCGGGAUUCCCACAGUAUGCCCAACUUUAUGAGGAUUCCCAGUUUCCCAUUGAAAUAUCUGCUGUCAAGAGGGACCAUGACUUUCUCGACAAAGACCUUGUGGAGCCUCUUUGCCGUCGACUCAACACUCUGAACAAGUGUGCCUCCAUGAAACUGGACGUGAGCCUCCCGAAGAAGAAAAGUGAGGACUCUGAUGAGGAGUACCUGUUGGCCAUCAGUAAUAGAUGGACGUUUGAGUGGAACAGUCGGCGCUGGUCACGUCUGCAAGACAUUGAUUACCUCCUGGGUAGAGCAGAGGAGCGGAGCCCCACUGAGGUGGGUGAGGGUCUGCGGACCACUGUGAGCAGUGAGAGCAUUCUGACAGACCUCAGCGAGCCAGAGAUCUGCUCCCUGCACAGUGAAGACUCUUUGGCUGCCAUGCCUGACUCUGCCUCGCUCACCCUACUGCACUUGCCCAGAGAGCUGCCUCAUUACGGUUCACUUCCUGCCAAGAGCAGACGACGAGGACGCACACGCGCCAAAGACUUCCUGAGGAGGAUGGAAACACUGGGUCGGACGUGGGGGCCAUCCAUUGGUCGCUCUGAGCGGCGCUCUUUGGUUAUUAGCGGCCCAGUUCUGCAAAGCGAGCCAGAGGCACUAAAGACUCUACGAUGUGUUCAGAUUUUCAAUGGCGGGCCUGUAAAUGCUGAAAACAUGCCAUUAGCUAACAACUGCCCAAAUUCGCUGGCCAGCAGUGAGGCUAGCAGCCAAUCUGAGACCAGCGGUAGUGCUGAAAGCACGCCGAACAUGAAGGAAAGUGUCUCAAAGUUAUAUCCUCCUGGUAAACGUGCAGGCAUCUACCUAGAAGACACCGAUGUUCUUGCCGGCGCUCCCCAGAGGAGGAGACCAGUUGAACAGAGCCACAAAAAUGACUUCUGCUCCUAUGACGAGCUAUUGGUGCACAUCCCAAAAGAUCACAAACCUGGAACCUUCCCUAAAGCGCUGUCAAUCGAGAGUCUGACGCCAGCCAGUAAGGAACAUGGAAACUGGAAGGUUCUCGAUUCAGAGCCGCAGCCAUUCAAGUGCAGGAAAUUUGGUUGGAGAGAACUCCGGCCUGCGACACGCUGUUGCCUACGAGGCAGCAGGAUCAGUGUAUACGAUAACGUACCUGGCUCUCACCUGUACGCGAGUACGGGGGACCUAUUGGACCUUGAGAAGGAGGAUAUAUUCCCACAUUUGGAUGAUAUUCUGCAGCAUGUGAAUGGCCUGCAGCAGAUCGUGGACCACUGGUCGAAAAACGUCUUGCCGGAGAGUGAAGGGGAGGGGGAUGGCGGCAGGGGGCAGGAGCAGAAGAUUAUUGACGGCCAGUCUUCCAGUCAGAUCACACUGGACUUUGACGGGACCUCUGUAAUUAAAGAGUUGACCACAUCCAGCGACUGCAACAAGGACAGGCUUUCAUUAAAUGAGACGGAUACCUCCAGCACCAGAGAGAGGAGGGACUCAGGGGUGGGGGCUUCCCUGACACGACCACGCCUUAGAUGGCCCAGCUUCAGGAUGUCAAACCUCCUCGGCCAGUCAGGAAUGUCGCUACAGAUAUCCAGCCAAUCAGUGGGCCAGCUUAGCUUGCUGCAGAAGUUUUCUUUAUUGCGUCUCACUGCUAUUAUGGAGAAAUACUCCAUGUCCAACAAGCAUGGGUGGAUUUGGUCAGUGCCAAAAUUUAUGAAGAGAAUUAAGGGACCAGACUACAAGGAUAAGAUGGUAUUCGGUGUUCCUCUGAUUGUCCAUGUUCAGCGGUACGGACACCCUCUGCCCAUAAGCUUACAGCUCGCCCUGCGCUUUUUAAGGAGCCAGUGUUUGGACCAGGUGGGCCUUUUCCGUAAAUCUGGUGUAAAGUCUCGUAUUCAGGCUCUGCGGCAAAUGUGUGAAACCUCCCCACAGAACGUGAACUACGAGGAUCAGUCGGCGUAUGAUGUGGCAGACCUGGUCAAACAGUUCUUCAGAGACUUGCCUGAACCUCUCCUCACGAGCAAAAUGGGCGAGACCUUCCUCCACAUAUACCAGUAUGUCCCUAAAGAGCAACGCUUACAGGCGGUGCAGGCAGCUAUCAUGUUAAUGGCUGAUGAAAACCGUGAGGUCUUGCAGACGCUGCUGUGCUUCCUAAAUGAUGUCACUUCCUCUGUUGAGGAGAACCAGAUGACCCCGAUGAACCUGGCGGUGUGCCUCGCUCCUUCUCUCUUCCACCUCAACAUCAUGAAGAAUGAUAACCUGUCACCUAGGUCUAUUCAGAGGAAGUAUGCCACUGGACGGCCAGACCAAAAGGACCUGAAUGAGAACCUUGCAGCCACUCAGGGGCUCGCGCACAUGAUUGCUGAGUGCAAUCGCCUAUUCGAGAUUCCUCAGGAGGUGGUCUCUCAGUCCAGGAACUCAUACAUGGAAGCUGAGCUGCUGGCGCCCUCUUUGGACGAGUUCUGUAAAAAACAACCUCAACAGGACGAGGAAGACGAAGAAGAGGAGGAAGGCACAUGUCGCUCUUAUCUGGAGAGCUUGAUACAGAAUCUGAUGAAAGAGGCCAAAGACAAGACCAAGGGAUGGGUGACCAGAUCAAAUGUUGACAAUACAGAGAUAUCAUUCAAAAAGGUGGGAGACGGGACCCCUUUGAGAAGCUGGCGUGUGUCUGUGGAGGUGGAGGCUCCUCCGUCUGUGGUGCUUAAUCGCAUACUGCGAGAGCGCCACCUGUGGGACACUAACCUGCUACAGUGGAAGGUUCUAGAAACUCUGGACAAGCAGACAGAGGUGUACCAGUAUGAGCUGAACAGCAUGGCCCCUCACCCAAACAGAGACUUUGUGGUGCUCAGGACGUGGAGGACAGAAAUGCCGAAAGGAGUGUGUGUGCUGGUGUCUGUGUCGAUUGAACACGAGGAAAGCCCACAGCUGGCCGGAGUGAGGGGAAUAAUUCUGGAAUCACAGUAUAUGCUUGAACCGUGUGGCUCGGGGAAGUCUAGACUCACACAUAUAUGCAGAGCUGAUCUGAAAGGAAAGUCUCCAGAGUGGUACAACAAAGCUUUCGGCCAUCUCUGUGCUAGCGAGGCGGCCUGCAUCCGCAACUCCUUCCUGUCUCUGGAUCCCGAGGGCCCAGAGACCAAAAUCUGAACAUGGCUACGUGGAGUCAGGCAUGAGGGAACUGGGAUGUAGUUCAACGUCAGGGCAGAUGGUCACAGAAAACGAACUUUGGUGAAGAAAAAGGAGCGAUUCAUAGAUUUCAAGCCCCUAAACAACAACAAGCUGCCAUAUCCUGUUGGUUUAAUAGACCGUGGAUCAUUGGGAUUCAUAUAAGAGUGUUUUACCCCUUAUAGGGCAUAUGAUUUAGUUAGUUUAUUUUAUAUACAUUUAUGCAGCUGUUUAAAACUGCAACUUUUGAAAUGGCUAUUGUUGCGUGUUUUGGGGAAUAUAACGAGAGAUGAGAAAAGAUGGACAGAGAAAGUGACAGAGACAGACUCCACUGUAGCUAUGAAGCCAUGCCUGUAAAAAAAAGUCAUAACGCUGCUUCCUGUUGUCCAGUCUUUACAGCUUUAACUAGCACCUGUAGAGCUUCGCUAACAACAAACAGAUGUGAAUGACAAGCCACCUCAACGCUAAUCUAAAAACAGCAGGUCUGGUUUCAUUUUAUCAAGCACUUCAAGCUAAAGUACUGCAUUCUCAAACCAAAUAUAGGUACGUUAUUGUCUAAACAUUAUUUAAAACUGCGACUGUAUUUUUAAACUAGGGUUGUACCCUGGUGACGUAUUGAUGUGAAGUAUCUCGAAGUACAUAUUAUUUCUAAAUUCUGUUUUAAGAAAUGUUUUAUCAUUACAAUAUUCGUUGAUUUCAUUGUCCCAGGUAAGCAAUAAUGUAUUAUCAUAAUAAAUGGAACAGUAUUGUGCUCUUAACAAUGCAAAAUGACUUAGUUCAGAUUCAAAAUCAAUCAAUAUUGUAAAUAAUUUAGAAAAUGCCAAUGAUUGUUGCAAGUAUGCAUUAUUAUUAUUAUUAUUAUUUUUAUUGUCAUUGUUAUAUGUGUGCUGUCACACUCUACAAUGUCUAGGACAUGAAUUAAUUUCACUGCUUCUGAGAAGCAUGUCUGUUCUAUUCACAAAGCUUUACAGUUAGCUGUGUUUGUGUGUAUAUUUUGUAGAUAAAUGAGGAUUAUUGGCAGGUUUGUCUGCUUUAAUGCUCAGUUGUUGUUGUUGUUUUCCCUCAUAUCAGUAUUUUGCUUGAAUUACCAUUACAAGCUGGUUAAAUCAGCUAGCUUUUUCAGUGCUGUUUAGAUGAACAGUGUAUUUGGGCUCGACUUGAGCUCAGUGAAGGCGAAAUGUCUGUUUUUGAACAGUAAACAGGGUUAUUCAAGUUCUAAACAUUUUCACCUCACACCACCAGAUGGCAGCAUGGAUUCACCAUAAUAGCGUCGCCUGAGGAGUACAGGUGCCAACAAGAGUAAAUAAAUACUAGCAAACAACUUGGAAAGCAAUUUAGAGGUCAUAGACCUGUUCAAUUGCCUCUAAACAGCAUGGCCAGUAAUUAGCAGUGAUCGUGUUUUCUCCUGGGUCUGCAGAACCCCAGAGAGUCCCAAGGGAAGUAUUGAUCCACGCCAUUUGAAUAGCACGUCUUUAGACGCAGAAGUACGGAAGGCAGAGGACACUCACUGCGGGCCAUACAUCAUCAUUAGGGAGCAAAAAGCAAUGGCAUGUCUUUAUUCAAAGAAGGUCAGAUUUAAUAAAUAAUGUUGACUAUC